CCGCAACAAUCUUUCAGCGAAGCUCGUGUCUCUUCCUUGCCCAGCUGCAGGAGAGGCGGCGGCGAGGAGGAGGAGGAGGAAGAGGCGGCGGCGGCUCCACGCGCCUUCCUCCCUUUCCCACACCACGCGCACCCAUCCACCCGUCUAUCCCGACGCACGCCCAGCCAGCUCUUCCCUCCGUCCCCCGCAACGCGCGUCUGUGGAGCCCGUUCAGACGUGCACGGCAAGAACAAGGAAGGAGCCGGGGAGAAAGAAACCUUUCCCCCAUUUCUCUCCCCCCCCCCGCGCCUCCCUUCCGCUGCGUCCACUCGCACAAAAGAGGAUUCCCACACCCUCCCUCUCCUCGCCUGCCUUUUGGAUGAAGCCUGCCUUUUGUCUCCGGCUUCCUGUGCGUCGGGAUCGACCUUUCCUUUCCAGCAUGGAUUUGGGAAACUGAGCAACAAGAUCCUCCGCCACCCCCUUCCCCACCCCCGCAGCCCCACAGACCACAGUCAGAAAACAGAAAAGGGAGGCGAGGAUCAAAGCGGCAGCAACAGCGACGCAAGGAAAGAAAGAAGCUUUAAUUUUUGAAGUUUCCAAUAAGGAUUUCUCUCCCCUCUGGUCGCUUCCUCUUUGCGUCUGUCUAUUGGGUUUGUUUGGUGGUGUGUGUGUGUGUGUUUUAAAGGGGGGUGUUGCUUUUCUCUCCCCUCCUCCUCUCUCUUGCUCUUUUGUAGGGGGGAGAAAAACCCCUGGAUUUUGUAUAUGUGUGUGUGUUUUUCUACGUUUUUAAAUUUCCUGGACGAUUUCGGGGGAGGAGGUGGGGGGGAGAGCAAGCAAGCGAGUGGUGGGGAGGGGUGGGGAGCCAAAAAAUACCCCCGAGGGUAAUAAUAAUAAUAAUAAAAUAAAGAAGCCGAGCGGACCGUCUCCCUCUUAAGCUGUGAUGGAUUUCAGUAGCAGCUGCGGUGGUGGAGGAAGCGACCAUAGACAGAUCGAGGAGAGCAAGCCUUUGCUGGGCGAAAUGUCUGCAACGGAAGGGAAUAAAAUGGGGGCCGCGCUGUGCAGGCGAGGCGUCCACUGCAGUGGGAUGAGAUAUAAACUGCUUCAAGAAGGAGAUAUCCAGGUUUGUGUCAUCAGGCACCCCCGGACAUUCCUCAGCAAGAUCCUCACCUCCAAAUUUUUGAGGAGGUGGGAACCUCAUCACUUGACCCUGGCGGAUAACAGCCUCACGUCAGCAACACCAACCGGGUACAUGGAAAACUCAAUUUCCUACAGCUCAAUUGAAGAUGUUCAGCUGCUCUCUUGGGAGAAUGCCCCUAAGUAUUGUUUACAGCUCACGAUCCCCGGAGGCACAGUCUUGUUGCAGGCUGCAAACAGUUACCUGAGGGAUCAGUGGUUUCAUUCAUUGCAAUGGAAGAAAAAGAUCUACAAGUAUAAGAAGGUUCUGAGUAACCCAAGCCGCUUGGAGGUGGUUCUGAAGGAGAUCCGGACCUUGGUGGACAUGGCGCUAACAUCACCUUUGCAGGAUGAAUCAAUUCAUCAGGCUCCACUGGAGAUUGUUUCCAAGUUGCUCUCAGAGAAUAAUAACUUAACCACUCAAGAGCAUGAAAACAUUAUUGUGGCCCUUGCACCUUUGCUGGAAAACAACCACCCACCUCCUGACUUGUGUGAAUUUUUCUGCAAGCAUUGCAGAGAACGCCCUCGAUCCAUGGUGGUCAUAGAAGUGUUCACUCCGGUUGUACAAAGAAUCCUCAAACACAAUAUGGAUUUUGGGAAGUGCCCUAGGUUGAGGCUUUUUACUCAGGAGUACAUUCUGGCCUUGAACGAACUGAACGCUGGCAUGGAAGUAGUGAAGAAGUUUAUUCACAGCAUGCAUGGCCCUACCGGACAGUGCCCCCACCCCAGGGUCCUGCCAAAUCUCGUGGCCGUCUGUUUAGCUGCCAUUUAUUCGUGCUACGAAGAAUUCAUCAACAGCCGGGACAAUUCUCCAAGCCUGAAGGAAAUUCGUAAUGGUUGCCAGCAGCCCUGUGACCGUAAGCCCAAUUUGCCUCUCCGGCUGCUCCACACGAGUCCUGACUUGGUGUCCCAAGAGGCCACACUGACUGACUCCCGCCUCAAGUCGGUCAUCGUCACGUCGAAUGAAAUCCACGUGGAAGUUGAGCGCAACAACACAGCCAACCAGAAGAUGACGGCCAACGUCGGCAACGACAGUGAGCCCAACCUGAUAGACUGCUUGAUGGUCAGCCCCACUUGUAGCACCAUGAGCAUUGAGCUCAGCGCCCAGGCGGAUCGCAUCCUCGGUUGCUACGUGGAAAUACUCAAGAUGCUAUCAGACUAUGACGAUUGGAGACCAGCUCUUGCCAGUUUGCUUCAACCCAUCCCAUUCCCUAAAGAGGCUCUUGCGCACGAGAAGUUCACAAAGGAGCUGAAGUACGUCAUUCAAAGAUUCGCGGAAGAUCCAAGACAAGAAGUCCACUCGUGUCUGCUGAGUGUGCGGGCUGGCAAAGACGGCUGGUUCCAGCUCUACAGCCCUGGUGGCGUAGCCUGUGAUGAUGAUGGAGAGUUGUUUGCCAGCAUGGUUCACAUUUUAAUGGGCUCCUGCUAUAAGACAAAAAAGUUCCUGCUUUCACUGGCUGAGAACAAACUUGGGCCCUGCAUGCUGCUAGCUUUGAGAGGCAACCAAACCAUGGUGGAGAUUCUUUGCCUGAUGCUUGAAUACAACAUCAUUGACAACAAAGACACCCAGCUUCAGAUCAUCUCAACCCUCGAGAGCACCGACGUGGGGAAAAAAAUGUACGAGCAGCUCUGUGACAGGCAGAGGGAGUUGAAAGAACUGCAAAGGAAAGGCGGUCCUACCAGGUUAACACUGCCAUCAAAAUCCACAGACGCAGACCUAGCCCGGUUGUUAAGCUCAGGUUCCUUCGGCAACCUGGAGAACCUCAGCCUGGCCUUCACUAACGUCACGAGUGCCUGCGCAGAGCAUCUCAUCAAGCUGCCUUCGCUCAAGCAGUUGAACUUGUGGUCAACUCAGUUUGGAGAUGCAGGUUUGCGGCUUCUCUCUGAACACCUCACAAUGCUGCAAGUGCUCAACUUAUGUGAGACGCCUGUCACCGACGCUGGGCUGCUGGCACUGAGCUCCAUGAAAAGCCUGUGUAGCUUAAAUAUGAAUAGCACGAAACUUACGGCAGACACCUAUGAAGAUCUCAAGGCUAAAUUGCCCAACCUGAAGGAAGUGGAUGUCCGCUACACAGAGGCAUGGUGAAAUCUCGUGGGCUGCAUUCGUAGCAUUUGACAAGGAGAGAGGGAGGGAGGGAAAAGAGAAUUUUUUGCAACAAAAUAAAAGCAAAGAAAUAAACUUUUGGCUUCUACCUAUAGAGAGCAGCAAGUUCUGAGGACUUCAAUUUUAGGAGUUGUGUUUGUGAGGUAGCAGAGUGUGGCUUUGCGUGUGGGAGGGGAAACUGAGCAUGCCCCAGGCCCUGCCAAAUUCUUUGAGCUUCAUCCUUUGAAAUUCAACAUCAUCUAAAUGAAGGGGGUUGGGGGUUGGGUAAGAAAGAUUGUGCGGGGGGGGGGGGAGAGAAAAGGGAGGGGAAAUCUGUUUCAAUUUUCAUUUGCUUUUUUGUGUUGUUGUUUUUAAAAUGCCAUAUGGAAAGAAAAAAAAUAUGGGGUUAUACAUCAGAGCUUUUUCUUGGAUGGACCCUCAGUCUUUAGGUGCUUUACCAUCUUUCCUGCUCUCUCUUUUUUAAAAAAAAAAAAAGUAUGAGAAAUCAAGAGAAGAAAAAAACCAUGAUUUUCACCUCUCGUUCUGUUCUUACGAUCGUUAUGCAAAGUAAUUUUGUUGUACAUACAAUUUACAUAAUGCACCUAUUUAAAAAAUGGUUCACAAAUAACAGGUCUGGGACCUGUCUUUUAUUUAUGAAUUGUUAAUUCUUUUACCUUUUUCGUUCGUUUGUUUCAUUCUGAUUUGCAUAUAGACUGUAUGAACUAGUUGGUCUUACUGUUUUUGUUUUUUAAAGAACAGAAAACCCUCUUUGAAUAACUGUCUUUUAGUAAAGCUUACUGUAUUACGUAGUCUCUGUCCAGCCCCAUCACUCCACCAAUUUCUGAUUUACAAAUCGCUCAAAAGUUUCUUCAGAUAAAAGAAAAAAUAUGCCUAUGAAUACAAGAGCAAAAAGAUGUGUGCGCAGUCAAGAAGAGGUUGUGUAUAUUAUCUGAUACAUUUUCAAACUGUGCUGGGGUUAGGAAAUUGGAGUGGUAAGGAAACUACCUUUUGUUGUAAUCAAGAAAAAUGUUAGUUUAAAAACUUAAGUUCAAGAUUAGACUUAAGUUGAGCUGUCAACCAUUUGUGUUAGAUUUGCCAAGGUGUGCCUGUUUGGUUUUCUGUUUACGUCCUAUAUUUCAAGGGCAAGUUCAUCCUCACAGCCACCGUGUUGUGCAUUUUUCUUUACUUUCACUCCUCCUUCCCUUCCCCCCAAGAGCUUCGCUUAUGUUCCAUGCAUACAAAGAUCACUUGCCAUAUUACUAUUACUAUUCUUCUUAUUUUCAUGAGAUGCAGAUUAUUCCACGAUCAGUUGCUAAGCUGCUCCUCAAAAUAUGUAUGACCACUAUCCAUAUCCCUGAUCCUCCUGCACCAGCCUUUGCCAAUCCAAUGCCCGCCAGAUAUUUGGGACUGCAGCUCUCAUCAGCCCUAGGAGCUGGGGGCCAAAAACAUCUGGAGGGCACUAGGAUGAUGAGGUGGGUCCUACACAAAUGCUCAGAAAAAAUAUUAUUAAUAUUAUUAUUUUAUUUUAUUUUUUAAAAAACCCUUAUAAAUAAGCUUUCUUUUAUAAAUAUGCUUUUGGGUUAUUUUCUCUCUCUUUCACAAUAAGCAUUCUUGGAACGGAGCAGCUUUUUAAAAUAAAAAGAAAAGAAGCAUUUUAUGUGUUUAUCUUUUUUGAAUUUACUAGCAGAUGUUUGUUCAGUUCUUGGAGCACCUGAAGAGAUUUAACACCCAGGCAAUGU